UUCGUUCUUAUUCGCUCUGGGACUCUCCUCCUCCCCACCCUGACCUCCCCCUCUUCUCCUCUGUGCCUAAAAAUCGCGAUGCAUUGGCAGUAAUGCUGCUUUCCACUGUCUUUCUCUAGGAUGGGAUUCUUCAGAUAUCUUCGCUCCGUUAAGAAUGAGCUUAUCCUAUUCUCCGCCCCAUGUCUUCUCCUUCCAUUGCCUCUGGUGAUCGGGACAUCGGAGGCAGAAUGUGCGUAUGUGAUCAUCCUGAUGGCCGUGUACUGGUGCACUGAGGCCCUUCCCCUGGCCGUGACUGCGCUCCUCCCGGCUCUCCUCUUCCCUCUGUUUGGCAUAAUGCAGUCCAAAGAUGUGUGCAUGCAGUACCUAAAGGACACAAACUUGUUGUUUGUGGGAGGACUGAUGGUCGCCGUGGCCGUGGAGCACUGGAAUCUGCACAAGCGCAUUGCUCUGAGGGUGCUGCUCUUGGUUGGUGUGCGUCCAGCACUUCUGAUGCUGGGUUUCAUGGGCGUCACGGCAUUCUUAUCCAUGUGGAUCAGUAACACGGCUACGACAGCUAUGAUGGUGCCCAUUGUCCAAGCAGUGCUGGAGCAACUCAACAACAGUGAGGCAGAACUACCUCAGAUCCUAAGCUCAGACGAGCAGGUCCAGACAUCAGACACUGAUGGCAAAUGUUCUAUGCAGACAGAGAAACAGAGUGAAGGAAAUGGCCCAGUGGUGGUGACUUUCCUGGAUGCUUCAGUAGAGGUUGCCAAGCUCAGGGAGGCCGCAGAAAGACGCAGAAUGUGUAAAGGGAUGACCCUGUGUGUGUGUUAUGCUGCCAGCAUCGGUGGCACAGCCACACUAACAGGAACUGGCCCCAACCUGGUGCUAAAAGGCCAGAUGAACCAGUUGUUUCCUGACAACGGUGAUGUGAUUAAUUUUGCCUCCUGGUUUGGCUUUGCCUUUCCAAACAUGAUCCUCAUGCUGACGUUGGCCUGGCUUUGGCUGCAGUUUGUAUUCAUGGGAUUCAAUUUUAAGAAGACCUGGGGCUGCGGGACCGUGAAGACAGAGAAGGACAUUGCUGCUUACAACGUCAUAGUAGAGCAGCACCGUCUCCUGGGCUCUAUGUCUUUUGGAGAAUUAAGCGUCCUUGGUCUCUUUACUUUGCUGGUGGUCAUGUGGUUCACGAGGGAUCCAGGUUUUGUCGCCGGAUGGGCAACAAACAUCUUCAACUCCAAAGCAGAGUACGUGACAGAUGCUACAGUGGCAAUUUUCGUGGCUGUGCUUCUCUUUGUUCUGCCCUCUCAACCUCCACGUUUCUGUUCACGGAGGAGUCAAAGUUUUGACACGGCACCACGUCCGUCUUCUGGACCAACGCAGCCUCUCCUCACUUGGAAAGUUGCCCAAAAGAAGUUACCAUGGGGCAUUGUGCUCCUUCUUGGAGGAGGUUUUGCUCUGGCUAAGGGAAGUGAAGAAUCGGGGCUUUCUAAAUGGAUGGGAGAUCAGAUGACUCCCCUGCAAAGCAUCCCUCCUUGGGCAAUUGCUAUUAUCUUAUGCCUGCUAAUUGCUACCUUCACAGAGUGCACUAGUAAUGUGGCCACGGCGACUCUCUUUCUACCUGUUUUAGCUUCAAUGUCUCAGUCCAUUGGAAUGAAUCCGCUGUACGUCAUGGUGCCGUGUACUCUGAGUGCCUCUUUUGCCUUCAUGCUGCCUGUGGCCACCCCUCCAAACGCCAUAGUCUUCUCAUAUGGCUACCUCAAGGUUGCUGACAUGGCCAAGACAGGAAUAGUCAUGAACAUCAUUGGCAUCCUGUGUAUUACGCUGGCCAUCAACAGCUGGGGCAGAGCCAUGUUUCAGCUGGACACCUUCCCUUCCUGGGCCAAUGUGACAGGGGUGUGAGACUGCCUCUCCAAUCACAAGAGCAAGACCAAAACCUAGGGUUAGAGUGGCAGCACAAGACCAAACAGCAGACUUUAUUUGUCUUGUUUCCAUCUGGACAUUUCUAUUCAUACCUGUGUCUGACUUGUUUGUGAAAGCUGAUGAGUUUGAAGAAUGCUGGAUAACAUUUGUUUCUUAUGUGUAUCAAAGUUACAGUUCCCAAUUCCCAAAAAGAUAUGGCAGAAGCCAAAAGCUGUCUCUGAUUGUUAAUACAAUUACAGAGAAUCAGUUGGAAUCCUUUGCAGUUGAGUGAAUUUAAACCAUUCACUCUCUUUUAUCUGAAUAAUUCAGAGGACUUGUGUAAAUAUGGUUUAUAUUAUUUUUUAAGUUUAAUUUAGCAUAAAUGUAGCAUGAACUAAUAAUAAUAAGUGUUCUUGUAACUAAAACAUUGGGGUACUUGCCCUUAGGUACUUUUAGAUAUUUGCUGUAUGGGCACUGUAUUUCUGAUUAAGGUUAUACACUGAAAGUACAUAAUGCUGCAUGUGAAGUAUACACAGUUGACUAAAUGUGACCAGAUCCACAUUGAAAUUCCACUAAUAUGUGGACGCAUUAGUAAUAAUACAGCAGUAACAAUGAGAUCAUUACAGUUUGGAAGUGAUCACUCACUACUGAUGUAGCAUUGCCAAAUUCUGUACUUUGUGCUUCCCUCAAGCGACAUAUUACACCAUAAAAAUAGUUUCAGAUUACUUUUUCCACAGCUGUUUCUCAUAGGUGCUUAUUUUCACACGGGGUUAGUCGACUCACGGCGUGAGGGUUCCUGAUUUUAAUCCCGGUUGGGGUUCCUUUCUGUGUGGAGAUUGUAUGAUCUCCCUUUGUUCCCAUGGCUUCUUCCUUAAAACAUGCUCUAAAUGGACCCUGGGAAUGUGUACUAGUUUGCCUAGUUGUCAGUUGUGCCUGCAUCUCGCCCAAAGACGCCUGGUAUAGGCCCCAGGCCUCCCACCCCCCAAAUUUUUCUGGAAACAAACAUACAUGGCAGAAAAAAACUCGUACACAACCCAACUAAAAGCUUUGUAGUUUUCAUACACCAUCACAUGAACUGAAAACUUCCUUUUUAACAAACAAAAUCUUUUGUAUUCAUGUGUUCAUAGUGCCUUAUUGUAUAUAGAAACAGAGAUUUAAGUUUAUGUUUAUAAGCCGUUCUCAUGUGACCCAUUUCCACAACUAAUUCUAUAGUGACUGCAUAUGAAAUAUUUUGUAUUUGAUAAUUGUAUAAAUGGUGUACAUUUGCUUUUGGACACAUGAAAUGAAAAUAAAAUAAAUGGAAUUAAAACCAUG